AUGACUGAAGCACAGGUUGGAUUGCUUUAUAACCUUGCAGCCAUUAUAUCCAAAUCACAAAAUAACGAAAAACUUAAAAGUUAUUAUCUAAUGCGAUGCAAGGACAUCACUCGAGGCUAUGGAUUACCAGACAAACAUUUUUCUUCCAAAAAAAGAUGCCCAAACUGUUGUAUUGAAUGGACUAAUCGUACUGAAAUUAAAGUGAGGUCAAUUAAACUCAGUAGAAGACAAAAACAAAGAUUGAAAUCUCGUAAAGUUACUCACAACAAAAAAGAAUGUAUCAGACGUAGAAAGGAUUUAUUGAACAGUAAUGAAUUAGAACAAAUCUGCUCAUUUUGUAAAAAAAGCACUAUCACACCAAUUCUAAAACCACUUAAGCAAAAGCCAAACCUAUCCAUAGAAGAGAAAAAAAUAGUUCCAGUGGAAACUACAAACACUACUAAUAAACAUAAAAUUAAUAAUAAAAAAGACAAGUCUAAAGCAAAGAAAGCAGUCAAUGUUUAUGCCAGUGCGUUAGAUGUAUUUUCACUAAAGAAUAAAAGCAAUACACUAUCCAGUACUAUAACAGAAAAACCAAAAGUGAUACAGAACAACAAAAAGAAAAAAGAUAAGUUUGCAGGAUUGUGCCAAAAAGCUGUGCUAGCUUCAGCUAAACUUAAAGAAAAGAAAAGUCAACAAAAUAAAUUAAGUUUAUUUUUAAAACCAUCAAAUAAAGAUUAA